CAAUCUAUAACUACAACGCAUCUCAAGAUGUGGAGCUCUCCUUGCAGAUCGGGGACACCGUCCACAUCCUGGAGAUGUACGAGGGCUGGUACAGAGGAUACGCCCUGCAGAACAGAUCUAAAAAGGGCAUUUUCCCUGAAACGUACAUCCAUCUGAAGGAGGCAACUGUUGAAGAUGGAGGGCAGCAUGAGACUGUGAUUCCUGGGGAGUUGCCGCUGGUUCAGGAGCUCACGAACACACUACGAGAAUGGGCCGUCAUCUGGCGCAAGCUCUACGUGAACAACAAGGUCACACUAUUCCGCCAGCUGCAGCAAAUGACAUACAGUCUGAUCGAGUGGCGCUCCCAGAUCCUGUCCGGGACACUCCCCAAGGACGAACUAGCAGAGCUGAAGAAGAAAGUCACGGCCAAAAUCGAUCACGGGAACAGAAUGCUUGGACUGGAUCUGGUUGUGCGUGAUGACAAUGGCAACAUCCUGGAUCCUGAUGAGACCAGCACCAUUGCCCUCUUCAGGGCCCAUGAAGUUGCUUCUAAACGGAUAGAGGAAAAGAUCCAAGAGGAAAAGAGCAUUUUGCAGAACCUGGACUUGAGAGGCCAGGCAAUCUUCAGUACUGUCCACACCUAUGGCCUCUACGUGAACUUCAAGAACUUUGUCUGUAACAUCGGCGAGGACGCAGACCUAUUCAUGGCCCUGUAUGACCCAGACCAGUCCACCUUCAUCAGUGAGAACUACCUAAUUCGCUGGGGCAGUAAUGGGAUGCCCAAGGAGAUCGAGAGGCUGAACAACCUCCAAGCAGUGUUCACUGACCUCAGCAGCACAGACCUCAUCCGGCCACGCAUCAGCCUCGUGUGCCAGAUUGUCCGCGUGGGCCGCAUGGAGCUGAAGGAGGGCAAGAAACACACCUGUGGCCUCCGGAGGCCUUUUGGAGUGGCAGUGAUGGAUAUUACUGAUAUCAUACACGGGAGGGUGGAUGAUGAAGAAAAGCAGCACUUUAUCCCCUUUCAGCAUGCGCUCAACAGGAAAAGGCACCUGACACUGGACAACUCACCUCAGUCCCCAGGUCCCUCAUGGCGGAAGAAGAGAACUGACCCCCACAGAAUCGCCAUGGAAACCUACAUCCGCCAGAGACAGCUCAUCAUGUCACCCUUGAUAACCUCACAUGUGAUCGGAGAGAAUGAGCCUCUCACUUCGGUUUUAAAUAAAGUGAUAGCUGCAAAGGAAGUGAAUCACAAAGGGCAAGGUCUUUGGGUGUCCUUAAAGUUAUUGCCGGGUGACCUCACACAGGUUCAGAAGAACUUUUCACACCUGGUGGACAGAUCAACAGCAAUAGCUCGGAAAAUGGGCUUUCCAGAAAUCAUCCUGCCAGGGGAUGUUCGAAAUGACAUUUAUGUCACCCUCAUCCACGGGGAGUUUGACAAGGGGAAGAAGAAGACACCUAAGAACGUGGAGGUGACCAUGUCUGUGUUUGAUGAGGAAGGCAACCUUUUGGAGGUACAUAGCAUCCCCCACAAAUCCCACCGCCAUCACACCUGCUCUGUGUAGCAGCUGACCCGCUGUCCCUACUUACAGUCAGCACUCCCCAUACCAGGGGUUUAGUUCUUCCUUUCCUGGGUUUUCGUUCUUACUUGAUUUGUUUCUGUUUUUGAAGAAAGGGUCUCACUAGGUAGCUGAGGCUGCCUCUGCCUCCUG